AAAAGUAGGAUUAAAAAACAUUAGACUAGUGGACUAGAUAUAGAAUCUAAAUCAAACUUUCAUCUGGACUGGUAACAUAGAGAAUAGAGGACUAGAUCUAGAAUCUAGAUUACUUUAGAUCUAGGCUUGUAGAAUGAUAAGGCCAUGACUAAAACAUUUCCUAAACUAGAUUAACUCAGGUUCUUUAUUCAAUCAUCCAAAUUCAAUCAUCCAUGUCCGAUCAUGUCGAUGUGAGAUAAAUAACCUUAGCCGUACUAAGUCUAAGUCCUAAAACUACACUCUACACUUACACUGACUUAAAAAGUCUUAAACUUAAAGUUACACAAACUUUAAACUUAUAGUCACAGUUCUGAGUUCACAGUCACAGUGAUCACAUGUCAGUGCUACACUAGUGACUAGGGCUAGGGCCCACUAGCCUCACUAGGGGGGGUGACUAGGCCAGUGACUGAGUGAGUGGCAACACAAGGACUCUGAAGGCCUGAACCAGGUGAUAGUUGAAACAUUCAAAACUUGAAUCAGUUUUAUCUGUGGCAAGCACAUUGACAGGCAGCAUGUCAAGUACACCCAGUCCAGUUUUAUUCAAGCAGUUGUCUCAAAGUGCAAAGGGCCCUGACCUUGUUAAAGUUCUAGUCAUUUACACCGGAGGUACUAUUGGAAUGGUCAAUCAGCAAGGUGCUUAUGAACCAAAAGCUAAUUGCAUGAUAGAAAAGCUGCGCACAUUGCCCAUCUUUCACAGUCCUGAAGCUGCAUCCAUUUUAACCCCUGAGCAGUCAGAGUUCUUUUUAGUAUUACAAUCCACUGGUAAAGGAGAUAAAUAUUUAAUAUAUCAUGUUAUAGAGUUUGAUCCAUUGCUGGAUUCAUCUAACAUGUCUUUCUCUGAGUGGAUUAAAAUUGCUGAUUGUAUAAAGGAGAACUACCAGGACUAUGAUGGUUUUGUUAUUCUUCAUGGCACUGACACUAUGGCAUACACAGCUUCAGCAUUGUCAUUUAUGUGUGAAAAUCUUGGCAAACCAAUCAUUCUAACUGGUUCUCAGAUUCCAAUUUUUGAAACAAGAAGUGAUGGUCGAGAUAAUUUCCUUUCAUCUCUCAUUAUAGCAGGCAAUUACUCCAUACCAGAGGUCAUGAUAUGUUUUAAUGAAAAAGUUUUUCGAGGAAAUCGCUGUAUCAAGUCAGAUUCACAGAGUUUCUCAGCAUUUGCAUCACCUAAUAUGCCACCACUGGUUACCUUAGAAAUUGAUAUUAAAGUUGAUUAUGCCUCAGUCUUUCGACCUGGGACUACAGAAAAGUUUUCAGUGUCACGAAACAUGUGCCCCAAUGUUGGACUUUUACGUUUAUUUCCUGGAAUAACCUUUCAAACGGUGCGUGCAUUUUUGCAACCACCAGUUCAAGGGGUAGUGCUCCAAACCUAUGGAGCAGGAAAUGCUCCCAAUAAUCGACCUGACCUACUUCACCUGUUCAAAGAGGCCUGCAGUUGGGGAGUGCUCAUUCUAAACAUUACGCAGUGCAGCAAGGGCAAUGUUAGUGCAGCUUACGCUACAGGCAAGGCUUUACGUGAAAUUGGUAUCAUCAUGGGAGCAGAUAUGACCCCAGAAGCAGCCCUGAUGAAGCUGAGCUAUGUACUUGGCAAAGAUAAUUGGACACUCGAACAUAAGCGUACAAUGCUUGCACGUAACCUCAGAGGUGAAAUGACUGCAAUGGUUUCUCAAGAAAUGUCUAUAUCAGACUUUGAAUUGAUUGAAAGUGUUGCCCGUUACAUGAGCUUGAGUACCAGUGAGGAAGUAAUGAAAGUAAGAGAAGCUAUUUAUCCUUGCUUGAUGUGUGCUGCAGCCAAAGUCUGUGAUAUUCCAGCUUUAGAGAAGUUACGCAAAUCUGGAGGAAACUUGUCAGCUCAGAAUCAGGAUGGCCGGACAGCAUUGCACAUAGCUUGUCGCCAAGGUCACAUUAAUGUUGUGCAUUACUUGCUUAACCAAGGUGUCAGCGUCCACAUCAAAGACUACAGAAAGGAGACACCACUAAUUGAUGCUGUAGAAGGGGCCCACUUAGAGAUUAUUAGGCUGUUGGUGCAAACUGGGGCCACUAUGCCCUUGGCCAGCACUGUUGUAGCUGUCAGAAUGUGCAGUGCUGCUUCUGACAACGAUGUUAAACUUAUAGAAGCUUGGAUCACUGCUGGAGCAAGUCCAGAUUGGCAUGAUUAUGAUGAUAGAACACCUUUACAUGUGGCCAUCACCUUACAUAAAAUGGAUGUGGCCAUAUUUCUCAUUAAAUGUGGAGCCCGUACUGAUGUUCCUGAUGCUUUUGGCCAAACCCAAAGAGAUGUAGCUGAGAAACUUGGAUAUGAAGACAUCCUCAGCAUUAUUGACAAAACAGAAUCAGCUGAAGAGAUUGGUAAUAGUUAAUUGUCUGUUAUAGUGAUACAAUGAACUAGGUGUAAAUAGUUUUAUUCUCAUAUCAAAAUAAAACAAAAUAAAAUAUAGAUUUUUUAUCCCAUGUAAACAAAACAAACUUGUAUCAUUGACUUGACUUGAACAUUUUGUGUUAUUAUGUUAGAUACAAGAUAUUGAUGUACUAUUGAAAAGACUCUUUUGUUUGGCUUUAUUUGGUCAAUUUUGUUUGGUUUAGUUUAUUAAGACCAAUUUCAUUGACUGCACAAAUUUACAACUUGAGUUCAUAAUUUUGUGAUAUGUUUGUUUCAUUAAAAACUUUAAAAAGCGUAGUAAAAUGUUCUUUAGUAUUCAUCCAACUAAUUGGGUUGCAUUUAUGACUCGUAAAUAGUUUUAAAACUUAACCCCACCAGCCCUGAACCCCUGAAACAUACCGUCCCUAAGUCCUGAGUGCCAUGCCCCUCUUUACUUACAAUCUUUGAAGCUCACAAUUUCUUUCUUAUCAAUCGAUCUCUCACAGUAUCAUUCAAUGGAAGUAAAAAUAUUCUUUAUGAAGUUUUUACAUCCAAGAGUCUAAUUCAACUAAAAUAUCUAUCAACUUUAGGCUUAUUACAAGCCUAGACCUACCAUAUACAUGCCUGGUUCAUGUUUAUUGCAAAUUUUCUAAACUUUUUCAAGUAAAGCCACAUCCAUUCAAUGUAAACACAUGGGCACAACCAUUUGCAAAGCUAAAUAUAAAGAAAAUGUGUAGAUCAAUGAGUUAAACAUCUAAACUAUACAGCUGUGAUUUUUUUUUGUGGCACCAAGAAGUUUAUUUCAUAAAAAUUUUAGAAUGCUUUCAAUUUCAGGGAAAUAGAAUUAAUUUUUACUGAUGAAAGGUUUCCACUUUUUAGACCUUUUUGUUUUAUAAAGGUUUGGUAUCUAUAUUAAAUGUAUUUAAUUAAUCUUCUGUAUUGAUCCAUAUUCUAUUACUGUUUUGCAAUGAAAUUGAGAUGACCUUUAAGUAUAAGAAUUCAUUUUAACUUUUUAACAUUUUUAUUUUGGGUAAGGAUAGUACAAUAAAGUAUGGUUCUAUCUCCCCUGUUGAGAUCAGAAGAUAGAACUAAGUGGAAAUGUAAUUUACAGAUAUUCAAGUUUGAUAUUGUAAAAUUUUUAUAAUUAUACAACACUACUGCUGGAUUUUCUGAUUUUAUUGUCUUUGUUUGUGGCUCUGUGUCAAAUAAAAAACAAAUCUCUUGUCCGUUUUCAAUUUACAAAUUUGCAUAAAUAAAAAGUCAAGAUGACUACCUUAGUCUGUGAUAGUAAUCCUAAUUGCUUCUAUACCUGCCAGUUCUUUGCAUUUAUUGUUUGUUUUGAUAGAAGUGUGAAGUUUUUGAGUUUCUUUGUCACUUGUUUAUUUUACUAGGAGUGAAGUUGGUAACUUUGUUUUUUGUUACUUUACAAAGAUCAGUAUUUCAUUCAAGCUUACCACCAAUUUAAUACAGAAAGCUUUACAGAUGACACACCUUUUUUUUUUUUUAAAUGAAAGUGCUGCUGUCUGUAAUUUAUUUUUAUGAUGUACUUGAACACAACCAUAUAUAGGUCAGUGAUGAGUCUUUCCUAGCUAGGUAACAGGCAAAAGAUCUACCAGUAGUUCAGACUUGAAUCUAAAGCCUUGUUUACAUAACCAUAACUAAAUGAUUAUGAAUAUGAAAUUUAAUUUCAAUGACAAAUUGAUCUCUUUGAUCCUUUUUACACAAUGUAAAAAUGUGAGGAAACUUUGUUUUCCCCUCAUUUAAUAAUGAAAAGAUCUAUAGCUCACCUGAACUCUUUCUAUCUGGGUACAGCAUUAUAUAAAUAUUGUAGAACAUGACUUGUUAUUGAUAUUAUUUUUUUUUUUUUGCUUUGCAUUUUCUUCUUUUUACAGCUAGUGUUUUGUUUUUUCUGUUGUACUCUAUCAAAACUAAAUGUCUGUGACAAAGUGAAGCACAAUAUGUUCACAUUGAAUUUGAGAGCUUUAUUCCAAUCUCAGUUUUUCUACAAGAAUCUCAAAACCAUUUUUUGAAUUUAUAUUCUAUAAAAUCUUUAUACUAAUGUGCGUUUAGAAAAUCAUGUGUAAAACUCAAAUAUAAUGUGUUGAGAACUUAAGACUUUGCCUUGAACCAAUGUAGAUAUUGAAUGAGUGGCAGAGUGGCAUAAAGACCGAUUGUCCUAGAAGGCCUGAACACUGGCCAGCCACUGCCCCCCACAGAUUGCUACAUUGCAGGUCAGUGUUCAGGCCUUCUAGGACGAUGGGUCUCCGCUUGAGAGUUGAUAUUGCCACACUGACUAGUAAUGUUUCAUUUCACAUUGACGGGAGCUGAGGGCCUACCUUCUCCCAGCUAGACCCUUUCCAUACAUGUCCACAUAAAAAAAUUGGACCAGUUGGUACUGGGCUUGCUACAGCUCAUUGGAGCAGAGAAAAGUAAUAAACAUAUGUGAGAUUGAGUUCAGUCUGAUUUAUGACUAAAAACAAACUAAAAUGCAGAAGAUUAUGAACCAUGAAAUCUUUUAGAGAAAUGUACUUUGAAAACUAAUAUGUUUGUAAUAAAAGUUUCUUGAUCAAUU